AUGCGGAAGUACCAACAAGUGUGGUGCGCCUCCCAAAUGAUCACAAAACGUUUGUGUACAUUCCUCCUUUUGCUACACGGGAUUAUUUUUAUCAACGUACAAACAAUAUGUGCAAUUAAAGUGGACGAUAAAAAAUUUAUUUGCGGGAGAAAAAAAGCAACUCGGGAAGCAACUCACCUACGGAAAUGCAGACAAAUCAGGAAGGCUACACUCUCCUUGUAUUUUUUACCCCCAUCCAAAUGUACACAGAUAGGAUGCAUAAAUAAAUAUAAAAAGAAUACACACGUUGCGCCGCUUCGAGAUGGAUCGAGUGAAAUAUGGACCUCGGAAGUGUACCAAAUUAGGAGAGAAAUAUUUUCACAUAAGAAAAUAAAGGAUACACUUGAAAGGAUAAUAAUCAAGAGAGUUAUUGAAGGACAUGUCAAUCAGUUCAACAGUUUUUCAUACCUCUACAAUCUUGAAGAAAUAUAUGAACAACUCAGAAAGCUACAAUCCCUUUAUAAUGAAUGUGAUAAUUUAGAGAACCUACCGAAACUUUUUGGAGUGCCUGUCAUUCUAAAAGACAACAUUUGCACGAAAAAUAUUCCAACCACAUGUGGAAGUAAAAUACUAGAAAAAUAUAAACCUUCCUAUGAUAGUACUGUUGUGAGAAGGUUAAAAAAACAUGGAGCAGUAAUUGUGGGGAAGACUCAUUUGGACGAAUUUGCAAUGGGAUCAUGUACAGGACGGGGCGUAAAGAAUCCAUUCAAUGAAAACGAUCUAUCUUGUGGUGGGUCUUCUGGCGGAUCUGCCAGUUGUGUCGGUUCUAGAAUUAUCAACUGUUCAGUAAAUACAGACACGGGAGGAUCUAUUCGAACCCCAGCUGCGCUAUGUGCAUGCAUAGGGAUGAAACCCACCUAUGGAAGAAUAAGCAGGUAUGGUAUUAUCCCGUAUAAUGAAGAAACUGAUGUUGUAGGCCUUAUAAUUAACAAUGUGUAUGACUGUAGCAUCCUCUUGGAUGUUCUUUCCGGAGGAGAUAAGAACGAUCUAACUACCCUCAAAGGGAAAGAAAAAAAUUUUCAUUCCAAGUUAAACAAAUUUGAGGCUUCUGUUAACUUUCGUGAAAAUAAAUCUCCUCUAAAAAAUAUGAAAUUUGGUUACCUAAGUGAGAAUCUUUUAAAAAACUACUUUGUGGAUGAUCUAACAUAUGAAGGUUAUUUGAAGGUUAUGCAGGACAUCGAACAAAUGGGAGGAACGUUGAUGAACACAAAUCUGUAUGAACUAAGUGACUACUGUUAUUUGUAUUAUAUGUAUUCAAUGACCAUCGCAAAUAGCAACCUUUCUCGGAUUAAUGGGAUAAACUACAACCUGCACAAUGUAUUCGGGAAAUCCAAUUUUGUUAGACAAGUAAGAUCCAAUCUGAUAAGCGAACAAGUGCUAACGAGAAUUAUCGGUGGGUCCAUAAUCUCCUCUCGUUUUCAAGGAGAGUCUUUACGACACAUCUUCGCAACUGUCAAGCGCAAGUUAACUGCAGCCCUUGAUGAUAUUUUUCGCCAAGUAGAUUUCCUCUUACUUCCCUCCUUACCAAGGUCAAACAAUUUGAAGGAGUCGGUAGGUAGUACCCCUCACGGAGGUAACCCAAACGUACAAAGGGAUACGGUGCACAGGGAGAAGGAUUAUCUCAUCAGUGCAACUACUUCGCAUUCUUUAAGUGGAAUUCCUUCCUGCCCUGAGGGAUACAACAACUACAUGAAGGAAAUAUUCUCAAUCGUGUCGUCCAUCACAGGAUUCCCAAGUAUCGUCAUUCCAACGGGGGAGUUUACCGCACAAUUCAAUGAACCCCAAUCGUUUCAACUGCUAAGCAGAAACUUGAACGAGGCAGGGCUGCUGAAUGUUGCCUUGGCUUAUAAGACACAACUGCAGGUAGAUAAAAAGAUAGUGGAAAACCUAAGGGGAGUUGCUCGGAGAGUUGGAUAA